CCUCUCCUCAUUCUCUCUCCCUCCCUCUCUUUCAAAUCACCCCCCAACCAGAAACCAUCUCUCUCUCUCUCUCUCUCUCUAAAAAUGGAGAAUCGCCUGAAGCUUCGCAUCUCCCGCAUGUUCCACUCCUCGUUCGGCUCUUGCAAGCCCCGACCAGCCGCCGCACUGUCCGACGUCGUCGAAAGCUCCCGCCUCGUCGACCAGCAGUCCCGCCGGAGCUUCCGCUCCGAUCCCACCGAGCCCCUCUUGCCCCACAAGCCUCGCCGCCCUCCUCCCUCCAUCUGCAGACCCCAAGAGAACCAGCCCGCCGUCGACGACGCCUGCAUCGUGCCCGCCAAGGCCGCCCGCGAUCGCCCCCGGCAGAAGUUGUCGGGCCGCGACCUCCGCAACGGUCGCUUCUGCCCCCCGACCUCCCCCGUCUCGCCCCUGGUCCGCCCGUUCCCCGGCGGCUUCAGGGACGAGUAUUACCACUGGCAUCUUCAUCCCCAUCGUGGCCGUCGCGGCGGGUUUGAAGAAUGUCGCAAGAAGAACGUGAUCAAGAAGACCAAGAGCAACAGCAAGAAGGGUAGUGGCAAUGCUACUGCUGCUACGUGUCCUCUGAGCUUGAGCUCGUCCUCGCUGAGCACUUACUACGACGGCGACCUGUUCAGCAGCGACGACGAGCGAGAAGACGACGGGACGGAGACCCUGUUCUCUUCCCGGAGCCUCUCCUCCGAUUCUUCCGAGUCUCAGCGCCACAGCCGCCUCAUCCGGAGGCCGAGCUCUCGCCGAAGGCGGAGGAGGAGGAGAGCGACGGGUGCGGACGUCAUGCCUUUGGGCAAGAACGACGACGGCAACAUGAAGGGGAGCUUCGCCGUCGUGAAGAGGUCGAGCGACCCGUACGGCGACUUCAGGACGUCGAUGGUGGAGAUGAUCGUGGAGAGGCAGAUGUUCUCGGCCAAGGACCUAGAGAGGCUCCUGAACUGCUUCCUCUCCCUCAACUCCCACCACCAUCACAAGAUCAUCGUCCAAGUGUUCACCGAGAUCUACGAGGCUCUGUUUUCAAACUGGUGUUGAGAAAAACAGAGUGCCUCUUACUUACUCUGCUUCUCCUCUGGUUUUUUCUUUUUUCCCUUCCUUCCCCUGCAGUUCUCUGCUAGUUUAGUGUUGUUAUUAGACGUUCCUAACUGAAAUUGACUGAACUAAUGAAUCGAAUGAUCUCUGUUCACGUUUC